UUUUGCUUUACGGCCGUACCACGUAACUCCUGUAUAAAAAUCGCAGCAUUGUCAUUUGUUUACAAAUUUACAUCCCGAUAAAGUGCAUUAGGUAUAAUUAAAACGAGAUGGGAGUAGCGGAUGAAGCAGACAGGACUCUCUUUGUUGGAAAUUUGGAUCCAAAAGUGACGGAAGAACUUUUAUUCGAGCUAUUUUUACAGGCAGGACCUCUGUUCAAAGUGAAAAUCCCAAAAGACAAUGAUGGAAAACAGAAAGCGUUUGGAUUUGUCUGUUUCAAGCAUGAGGUGUCCGUACCCUAUGGCAUGAACCUGCUCAAUGGGGCAACUCUAUUCGGAAGAACUCUCAAAGUACAGUUCAGAGCAGGAAGCAGUCACAUUAACAGCCCAGGGAACUCCCAGAAUCAAAGCCCUGUGAAUACUCCCAAUCCACAUGGGGCUGGGGGCAGGUAUGACAAGAGCCCAGACCAGGGGUCCAUCCAGAGGUCCUUCUCCUCUCCUGAUAAUCUGCAGAGACAGGCCAUGAUGAACAACAUGUGGCAGCUCCAGGGGGUGAAUGGAGGCUUCCCAGCCGGCGGUAUCGGACUUCUGGGGCAGCCACCACCACAGCAUCCACAGAGUGGUGGUGGGUCCUGGCAACAGGACAGCUCCUCACAGCGAGGCAACAGGCAGGGGUACCAGCAGGACAACAGCAGCCACUAUGGCAGGGACCAGCGCUACCCAGGAGGCUCUGAUGACACCGGCUCCAACCGCCAACGUCGCAGCCAGCGAGAUGACCAGCGAGGUGAACACUAUCACCAUGACGACAGGAGCGGGAGCAGCGGAGGCGGCCGUAGCAGAGAUGACCGGUGGAGGGACGGCUCCAGAGAUGGCCGGUGGAGGCGAUACUGAUGCACUAUGGGAAUUUUUAAGGACUGUUUUGUGAAUAUUUUUCACUUUUUAAAGGACAUAUAUUUUAUAAUUAUUUUACAGGAUUUGUCACAUACUCAUUGUAAAUCCUGAUCAAAACAGAAUUAAUAAUUAAUUUUAUGAGAGAAAAAAACACAAUUACAAGCUCAGGAGAUGCAUUGUUUUUUAAAACAAUCAAUUAGUCAUGUUUAGGAUGAUAUUGACCAUUUUUAAAUACACUGGACUGUGUCCAAGUAAAAACAAAAAAUUGAUGACUUUUUUUACCCAUGAGGUUUUCCACAAUUGUUUUACUGUGAUGACUUUAAAAAUGUUUUAUUGGAGUUAAUAGAUGUUUAUACCAUCCCCUGGGGAAUUGUUAAAUCUAUCAUCACUGAAGGAGAGGUUUUCCAUUUAGUUUUAUGUUUGAAAAGAUUAGCUGUGUUUGUCACGAAUUGAUAUUACCAUGCAAAUUUCCUGUCUACAAGUUAUGGUGCUCAACAGUUUUUAGUGGUAAAUUGCUCAGGUAUUUAAAAAUAAUAAUUUGGAACUCUCUUGGCAUAUUUCACCUAUGUAGUCUAAUUCCACCAGCAACACUUACUCUAUAGGCUGAAAUUGACUGUUUUUCUUAUAUUGUGUUUGGUACAACUUAAAUUGCAAGCGUGACUUUGCAUUAGUCUCUCUUAAUUUGAGAAUACUUUACAAUUGUAAGAUGCCCAUCCGAUUCCAUGUACAUGUGAAACUAGAUCAUUUUUAUGAAAUAUAAGCAUAAAAAUCAGUUUAGUCAA